GGUACAACUCUUUAUCACCAUGUAGAGAAAAGUGUAGCAGGAAUACCAAAAACUAAGACCAGAGCAGAUAUCACCAAUAGCACCUACUACACCUUUACAUAACCAGACAUAAAAUUGUUUCAUGCUUGACAAAUUAGAAGUUUGACAUACACAGUUUGGUGUAUUUUAAUCCCUGUCUUUGGUAUUCUGUGUGUUUUAAUGAAGGAAAAACGGCAAUGUUUUUAUUUUUUAAAAUCAUGCCAAAGCUCUAACUUUGAUAGUAAAACUACAAUUACAAUUAGUACAAAUUAAUUAAAAUUAAAUCAAUUUUCAGUACAAAUUCUAUGUUGUUGUUUUUGUGUUUACGGGAGAUUAGCCCUCUGUCAGCUGUGGAUAAAAUAAACGGUUUGUGGGCUGGUGGGUAAAAAUAAGCUUCUGGGCUCCAAAAAACUCCAAGAACCUCCAACUCUCUGUGUAAUGUCUACAGUCUGUCGUUGCUGGGAGAUUAUCUAGCUCCAGAUUAAAGGCCCUGACACACCAAGCCAACAGUUGGCCGUCGGUCAAAGUCGGGCCAUCGGUGAGCGUCUGUCGCCCUAGUUUUUGCGGUGUGUCCCGCACCAUCGGCACUGUUGGCACUUCGGCGUUGACGGCUUUUCGGCUGAUUGAGCAUGUUGAAUCGGCGGCAGAGCUUGUCGGUGAGAGAGAUCACUCUGAUUGGCUGUUUAGGUUUUAUUUCCUCACCUUCCUCAGGCUCCACUUCACUCAGCUGCCCGACAGACCCGUUGCUUCUUCCCACUUUACCCUGAAUAACAAACUGGGGCUAGCUGUGAGGCUAGCGGAGCGUUAGCCGCAGCAUGACCGGAGGGAAGCAAAGCCAGUUAGCCUCCGCUAGCCUCCCAGCUAGCCCUGGCUCUCCGUUUGGAUCCAACCGGAGCACCGAGCCCCGGUUUGUUAUUCAGGUUAAAGUGGGAAGAAGCAGCGGGUUUGUCGGACAGCUGAGUGAAGUGGAGCCUGCGGAGGAAACAUCAGGACCGUCUGGAUGUAAUAGUCCGUGGAGGUGCUGCUGUGCUCAGCUGACAGGAUGUAUCACUCUCUCACUCCACUACUUUGUUUAUCUCAUGCAUUCCUCGGACUUCUGGUUUCCCUUUUUGCAUUAUUUCCUCUCACGCAGGCGCAGAACGUACAUGCCACUUGACCGUCGGAUGUAGUCUUUGUAGUGUGUUCAAAUGCAACUGACACAGGGCAACGUGAGGCGAUGUAGACGACGCAACAGUUGGCUUUCGUCGCCGCUAGUUCUUUGAUGUCGGUUUUGUGUGUCCGCACCUUAACACAUUUUAGAAAUGUGUAACACAUACUGUAUGCUCAAAACUAAAAUAACUAAAAUCUGACAAUUAGAUUUUGACACUUGGACACCCUUUAAGAAAGGGCCUUAAAGGAACAGUUCACCCAAAAGUCAAAAAUACCUGAAGUUCUUUUUUUCAGUGGAGAUUGUUUUGGUGUAAGUUGCAGAGUGUUGGAGAUAUCGACCGUAGAGAUGUCUUCCUUCUCUCGAAUAUAAUAGAACUAAAUGGCACUCGGCUUGUGGUGCUCAAAGCCAAAAAAAACAAAACAUAUGGAAAUCUCAACAGCAACAUCUCUUUCCAGAAAUCAUGACCCAGGUACUCAAGAUAAUUCACAGAUCUUGUUGUGAGCAGUUUAAUGUCGGAACUAUUGUCUUUCUAUCAAGCUACACCAUGCGCGUGGUAACAUUGUCGUGGUGCUGCCAUGAAUGACCACCAAACAACAAAAGUGGGUGUUUUUUAACUCGACAUUGGCAGCGUUUACAGCCAUGACUGUGCCACCAAAAGGUUUGCAGAGUGGCAUGGUGCGCCACUGCCAUUGGGAGUACUGUUGCCAUGAAGGGAGGUACUUGGUCUGCAACUGUGUUUGAGUGGGUGAAACAUGUCAGGUGGUAUCAGAACCAAAGGUUUCAGGCAGAACAAUGCACUGGAACAAAAUAAUCAAAGUUAUUCACUUCACCUGUCAGUGGUUUUAAUGUUUUGGCUGAUCGGUGUAUAUCUUUAUUGCUCAUCAUGAGUGGAACUUUGUCUUCGGCUCACCAAACACAGAAGACAACAUUGUAAAAGCAGACAAACAGUGAGUAGAACCAACAAAUAAAGUCAUUACAAAAACACUUAACACAGUAAAUCAGCACAUUGUCUGUCUGUGGUUUAAAACUUAUCAAUCAUUUGGUUAAGUUAAGGAUACUGAUGGCACUCGGGAUGAAGGACUUCUUAAAUACAUUUUUGGUUGCCAGAGGGACUCUGUAGCACCUCCCAGAGCGUAGUGAGAGAGUGUAAAGAGUUGGGUCAAGGGCUUUUGUGUCCUGCCAACUAUUUUACUUGGCAGUGUCACAAUCCUACAGAGUUUAUUCUUAAAUAUACAGUUAAGGUGACCGUACCAGGCAGGAAGGUGAAAACAACAAUGGUUUUGUACACUAAUUUUAAAAUCUGCUGGCUAACACCAAGGCCACUGAGUUUUCUAAGAAGACAGAGUCACUGUGGGCAUUUCGUGAGAAUAUACUCAGUAUUUCCAGAGAAGCUCUCUCUUAAUUCAAGCAUGUUUGAAGAAGCACAGCAGCUCAGUCAUGUCUAUAUGUCCCUUUUGUUCUUUCUGUUCUGCUGUGCAAAAAGAAGAACCAACAUCAUGUUUUUUCCACGUACAGUCAAUACAUUAUUUGCCGUAUAGAGAAGUUAGGGGGCAAGUGAUAAGGAAGUUGAUGGACUGUAAGACGUGUGGGUUUUGAUUUUUACAGUGAGAUAAGGCAGAGGCAACUUCUGUCAAAAAGAGAUGUACACUUCACUGUAAGGAUCUCACAGUAAGAGCAGGGAAAUGGAGAUGGCAAGAUUUGGAACAAUGAUGAGAUUCCUCCUAAGUGUUGGGAUCCUUUUUCAAGGGUGUGAUUCAGAUGUGAAAUGCAGGGAUGACAAAGGAAACGAGGUGGACUGGUAUAUCCUGUACAAGUUGCCCAAUGUGAAUGGUGGUGGUUUGUCCUAUCUGUACAUGGAUGAGAGCACUGACGGAUGGAAAGUGAGCAAAGAGGAAAUCAACAGUAAAUCUGGCACUCUGGCAAACACCCUGAAACCUCUGCUUGACUUCUACGACACAAAGACUGAAGGCUUUGGAUACAUGCUCUAUAGUGAUCAACCUCCUGAACCAUAUGUUGCUCCUCCAUCAUUUGGUCACAGUAAAGGAAUUGUGCUGUUGGACAGACAGACUGGAGUUUGGCUCUCACACAGUACACCAAAAUUCCCAACGUAUCGCAGGAAAGACUUCUGGCCAAGCAGUGGAAAUGCUAACGCUCAAACAUUUAUGUGUGUCACUUUCUCCUAUGAUCAGUUCAAAGAAAUAGGUUUGCAGCUCAAGUACAUCCAUGCUUACUCCUAUGACUCUGAGAUCCCGACAACCUUUCACAGUGAGUUGCAGUGUGUUGCACAGCGGAGCUGCUACCCAAAGACGGAGCCCUGGUUUCGUGUUAAUAGUCUGACAUCGAUGACAGGACAUACAUUUUCCAGCUUUGCAAAAUACACACGUUUUGGGGAUGAUCUUUACUCCGGCCUCAUUGUGAACUAUCUGAAGGAGAAUCUGUAUGUGAAGAGCUGGGGAAAGAUGCAUCGCCCUCUGCCUUCUAACUGCAGCACUAGUAUCCCUCAUCAUGUUUACAAUGUGAAGGAAAUAAAGCUGCUGAAUGGGAAUCCCUUCAGCGAUACUGUAGAUCACUCCAAGUGGUGUGUGACUCCUAAUGGUAGCUGGACCUGCAUAGCUGAUAUGAACAGGGAAGUGAGUCAGAUGAAAAGAGGUGGAGGAGCAAUUUGCACUGACAACAAUGCAGUUUUAAAGGCUUUCACUGCCAUAAUCACAAAGUAUGAUCCGUGUAACAAGGGGAAACGUGCACCACCAAAACCCAAACACCAGCUCAAGUUCCCAGCCACUGUUAGAAGAGCGGGGAAGUCAGCAAACAGAUCCAAACACAAAAAAAUCAUCUCAACAAAAAUAAAACGGGGUCCUAGGACUGGACUCUUCAAGCUGCCGCCUGCUUCACAUGGUCAGCGUUAAACCUCUAUACAUACAUACAUACUGAUCAGCCAAAACAUUGACGUGUGAAGUAAAUAACUUUGGUCAUCUCGUAACGAUGCAGUGUUCUGCUGGGAAACCUUGGGUCCUGGCACUCAUGUGGAUGCCACUUGACAUAUUUUAUAGACAGAGAUUGCUAGGUUACAGUCAGGGAGUGCUGUUGCCAUGAGGGCAUGUACUUUGUCUACAACACCCCAGCAUCAAUGCCAAACACCGUGAAACCGACUUCAGAAAACUAGUGGCAAUGAAAGCCCCCUGCUGAGCCACCUCAUGUCGCCUGUGUCUCGACCAAAAAGUUGCACAUGAACACACCACAAAGGCUUCAGCCAAUGGCCAGUCAGCACAUGCAUUACAUGCUUGCGUAAGAGGAAAUAACUCUCAACACCAGCAGAUGGCGGUCUUCUGUAAUCGUCAUUCAAAGGUAAACUGGAAAACUGUGUUGCUGCUAGUUAGCCAGUUAGCAUAUUCACAACACAAUCCAAUGUCAGAAAGAACAAAGCAUAUUUACCAUGCACCAGAGAACAAAAACAAAUUUGUUUUGACCUCACUUCGUCUUGACUUAAGCUCUUUGUUUACUUUCCUCACUCACGUUUCUCUUCUUGUGCACUGAGCUGAGCUGCCAAUCAGAGGGAUUUCAUUCACCGACAGGCUCUGCAUUUGCUGGUGCCAAUUCAACAUGCUGAACUGGUGUAAAAAAAGCUGACUAGUGCCAACGAU